CCCGCCCCCGGUGUCCUCGCCGGCAACGUUGUUUUCUGGAGGCGUUUCCCUCGCUUUUCUUCCUUCCCGGGCUCGCUCCGCACAAAGCCAGCGCUUGGGUUCCGCUCUCCCGGCUGCCCCCGCCCUACCGCCUCCCCUCCUCUCCCGCCUGCCUUCCCUUCCUUCUUUUUUUUGGCUUCUUUUCGCGCGAUGGGCCAGAGAAGCUCCCGGAACGACCCGCGGGCCGUCGCCUAGAACUCCGGCUGCAUUGCCUCUCCUGCCGGCGACUGCGCCUUUCCUGCCUCAGCCGAAUCUGCCCCCAAUUCAUUCUUCUCCGCGGCCGAACCGGACUCGGCAGGAAGAAAGGAGAGGGAUACAGAGAGAGAGAGAGAGAGAGAGAGAGAGGCGAAAGGCGGGGAGGGAGAAGCCGCCCUCCAGCUGAGCUCUUGUGUUCCUGCUUCCAGGAGCCUGGAAGAAGAAGGGAAGCUUGGACCAUGGGGAGCAGUAAAAGUAAACCCAAAGACCCUAGCCAACGGAGACGCAGUUUGGACUCCACAGAAAAUAUACAUGGCAGCUGCUCUACCUCUCAAACCCCCAGCAAGACCACCGUCCCAGAAACUCAUCGUACUCCUAGUCGGUUAUUUGGAAAUACAGCUACUGAACCAAAGCUCUUUGGGGGGUCAAAUACAUCAGAUAUGGUCACUUCUCCUCAGCGCUGUGGUGCUUUAGCUGGUGGAGUCACAACAUUUGUGGCCCUCUAUGAUUAUGAAUCACGGACAGAAUCAGAUCUUUCUUUCAAAAAAGGAGAACGUCUCCAAAUCCUCAAUAACACGCGAAAAGUGGAUGUCAGGGAAGGUGAUUGGUGGCUGGCUCACUCCCUCACAACUGGCCUGAAAGGCUACAUCCCCAGUAACUACGUCGCACCUUCAGAUUCCAUCCAAGCAGAAGAGUGGUAUUUUGGCAAGAUAACCCGUCGAGAAUCUGAACGAUUACUGCUCAAUCCAGAGAAUCCCCGAGGGACUUUUCUGGCAAGAGAGAGUGAGACCACAAAAGGUGCCUACUGCCUCUCUGUCUCAGAUUUUGACAAUGCCAAGGGCCUCAAUGUGAAGCACUACAAAAUUCGCAAACUGGACAAUGGUGGCUUUUAUAUCACAUCCCGUACACAGUUCAGCAGCCUUCAGCAAUUAGUGGCUUAUUAUUCCAAACAUGCUGAUGGUCUGUGCCACCGUCUUACUAAUGUUUGUCCAACCAGCAAGCCUCAGACACAGGGCUUGGCAAAAGAUGCUUGGGAAAUCCCCCGGGAAUCUUUGCGGCUAGAGGUCAAACUUGGACAAGGCUGCUUUGGAGAAGUCUGGAUGGGGACCUGGAAUGGUACCACCAGGGUGGCAAUCAAGACUCUAAAGCCCGGGACAAUGUCUCCGGAAGCAUUUCUACAGGAGGCUCAGGUCAUGAAGAAAUUGCGCCAUGAAAAGUUGGUGCAGUUGUAUGCUGUGGUUUCAGAAGAGCCAAUUUACAUUGUAACAGAGUAUAUGUGCAAAGGAAGUCUCCUGGAUUUUUUGAAGGGAGAGAUGGGCAAGUAUCUGAGACUGCCCCAGCUGGUGGACAUGGCUGCACAGAUUGCCUCUGGCAUGGCCUACGUGGAAAGGAUGAACUACGUUCACAGAGAUCUCCGAGCUGCCAACAUCCUUGUGGGGGAGAACCUGGUAUGCAAAGUAGCUGACUUUGGACUGGCACGACUGAUUGAGGACAAUGAAUACACAGCAAGACAAGGUGCUAAAUUUCCCAUCAAAUGGACUGCCCCAGAAGCUGCUCUGUAUGGUCGGUUCACUAUCAAGUCAGAUGUUUGGUCCUUUGGAAUACUCUUGACAGAACUUGCUACCAAAGGUCGAGUACCAUAUCCCGGCAUGGUGAAUCGGGAAGUCCUAGAUCAAGUGGAACGAGGCUAUCGGAUGCCCUGUCCACCAGAGUGCCCAGAAUCUCUACACGAUCUGAUGUGCCAGUGCUGGAGAAAGGAUCCUGAGGAAAGGCCAACCUUUGAAUACCUCCAAGCUUUCCUGGAGGAUUACUUCACAUCAACAGAGCCCCAGUAUCAACCAGGAGAAAAUCUAUAGGUCUGAGGACCGGACCAGUUGCCAGAAGAUUUUAUGCUGCUCCAAUGGCAAAUGUCCUCUAGAGAGGAACUUUUGAGUCAUAUUAGGAUCCCUGCUGGAGUAUUAGCCAGGGUGUUUUUAUCAUUCUGGCAAUUUGCCCUUCUUUUUAAGGAUUGCACCAAUCUACUUUGUUUAUGGUUAACAAAAGCCUUGAUGGAUUGUGAGUGAACAAAGUCUCAUUUCAAUAUGAAGUUGGUUGUAGUACAGCAGAGGCGUUUCAGGAACACCAAAACUUUCUGCAAAAAUAAAUAAAUAAAUAAAUAAAAAAUCAAGAGCAAGGAUCCUACUCCUGAAGGUCACUUUAUUUUCAGGACCGUGUCCUCCAUCAAAACCAUUCUUGACUAUGAUUAGAAGGAAUCGCAAUCAGGACAAUCCUGCAUUUGAUGCAGGACCAUCCUGCAUCAAAGCACUUGAGUCAUUUCUGAUUGAAUGUGGAUGCUAAGCAAGAAUGCCUUUCAGAUUCUCAUGGCUUUUGUUCUUCUUUAUGGACAAAACCAGCACAAUUUCCCUACUUGUAUUCCAAUAUCUGGAUCCAGGCUGACUGAAUCCAAGAGAAGAAGAAAAAAAGUAGCUCACUUCUAUUGUGGACACUGCACAUUUCGUGUGUUUGUAAUCCUCUCCUUUUUUAUUUUUGAUACCAUUUUCUUCUGUGCCACUGUCUAUCCAGUCUUGUCCUGUUCGUGGAGGUGCCCUUGCCAAUCUUAGCCAUAUAAUAGGUUGAACUGGAUGUAUUGGGCUUGUUUAGAAAAGGUGGUGUUCUUUGCCUUCUGCCUGUAAAUGAAGUAAAGGACAUUCUUGGGGAAACCGUACCUGGCAUUAGCGUAAGAUAGAACAUAUAAUGUCAUAAAGCAAACAACAAUCCCCAAAUUGUUCAGGACAGUGAGCUAGAUCUUGGACUGGAGGCUUGUCUUCCCAUCUAGCGCUUUAAUUCAAUAGACAGCUGAAGAUUAUCGGUUUCUUCAGCCUGUAAAAAGGGGUAAGGUAGCAGAAUCAUAACUCAUUCUUUUCUCUACCUGUACUGAAGUGCUAAGCUGUUAAUACCAGUCUCCUGCCUAGGAAAUAUUAGUCUUCCACAUAGCAUUCUAUAAAUUCUUUAAGCACACACUCAGCUCACAUCACUGCCUUUUAAUUUUAACCCAGUCUGGGAUUCCUCGGUGCCUUGGAAGCAUAAUACUGCAGCAGGAAGUGGCCUGUUGUGUUUACUAUCUAGUAUUAUAAUCAUGGUCUAAUCACUGCUUCAAUGGCCACCCAUUUUCUUUGCCAUGAUAUAUGAUUGAACAACAUACACUGGAAGAACGGAAAUAAAAAUACUCAAAUAAAAUUUAGGAAAGCCCAUAUAAUUCUGCAAAAUCUGGUAUCCCUACCCAACUUUCCCUGUUCAGUCAUUUUAACUGUCUUCCCAGUUUAAGGAAUAUAAUUUCAGGAAUUUAAAUCCAGUCUCCUGAUCCAAAAAACACACUGCAAGAUCCAUGUGGGUCCCUUUCAGAAUGAUUCUUAGUCUUCCUUCUCCAACCCAAUGCAUUUCAUCUACUUUGGAUUAAAAAACCCAUCUGCCAGGAGGUGGAUGGUGAUAACUGGUCAAAACAUUUGAAGAGUAUUGUCUUUGAGGGAGGCUGCUAUAAGAAAUUUAAAACCCUGUUCUCUUAUGUUAUUUUCAAUGAAAAUUAAUAACAUUAAAAACUAAUGUACUAUGUAAAGUUUGGCAAAGGGAUUGUGAAGAAAUGAUUACUUAAUCUUUUACUUUUGGAGAGUAAAGUAAUUCUUUAAUUUUUAAACAUUCUUUUAGGGAAAACCUACAACAAUUUAAAUAAAAUUUAAAGCAUAAAAAUAGGGCAAUACAGUAAUGCAAAUCCUAUUCCAAUUAGAAUAUGCCAUUAAAUGCCAAAUGCUUUAACAAAUCUUUGGCCUCUGUAUAAAGAUGUAAUGAUGGUGUUUGGUAAAAGUCAUUUGGUAGGUAGCUCCACAAUUUGAUAAUGUAGGAAAUGUACCAAGAAGGCCCUGUAUAUAUACAGGAAUACUGGCAUACUGGCCCAAGUUAAUUGUCUGGACCAGUACGCCUUCCCAAGCAAUUUUUUAAAGAAAAAAAAUGAAGAAAAAUAAUCUUAUAUUUACUGUGAAAAUAGCCAGGAAGGUUUUAAACACCUACAUCUCUAUACACUCUUACACACACACACACACACACACACACACACACACACACACACUGGGAUGUUCCUCUGCUUGUUAGAAACAUUACAGUACACAUACACAUAACUGCAUGUACAGUGUGGCCAUAAGACUUUUUAUUUGUGGAUACUCACACUUUACUCGCCUCUUUUUUUUGCUUACUUUCCAUGAUCCCUAAAAGACUUUCAUGUUCAAACAUAUUUUCACAGCAGUUUGCAUCUGAGUAACAAGAUGUAGCUUGCAUUUAGAUUUGUACAUACACAGUAGAAAUUGACUUACAUCUUUGUUAUAGGACUAUUCCAUCCUAUUAAAAAAAAAAAAGCAUAGGUAGCAAACUGAACAUGGUCAAUAUUUCUAAACCAAGUGUCAUAGUGAUUUUGCUCAAUGGCAUUUACCAAGAAGAGAAAAAUGAACGGAGCUCCACUUAGCUUGCUACACCAUGCCUGUUACAUCGUAUUUGCUAAGAAAUCUGCAUCUUGGAACAGAUGUAAGAACAGCAGCUGGUAGGACUAGCCUGAGACACUGUCUGGGACCUGGCAGGUAUGUUCAGACCCAGUAACACUCGGGCAAACAGAACUGUGCAUUCUAGAUUCAUAUCACAUGACUUUUCUGUAGGUUAGGCCUCAAGCAUAGGCCAAAGAAAUGUUUUAAAAUAAACCAGUUCUAUCUUAAACAGGAAAAAUUUCAUCAGUGAAAUGUGGACCUCCAUCUUUUUCCUCAAAAAUGAUCUUAUGCUGUAACAGCAAACCUAGAUUUAUAGAAAAAAAAUAUUGAUGGAAGAGACUUAAAGUCCCUCUAGUUUCUUUUGAAGCAGACAUAGCAAGACUCACACUUAGCUGUCCACACUGGCAGUACCAGAUGAGUAUCAACUUUGUGUAAACAAUAUUUAUAUUGAUUAUCACUAGACUAGACUGGACAGUUUUGUCCUUCAUGAAACGUGUGAGUCAUAUUUUAUACUGCUGAUCUCAUUCUCUAGAAUAAGCAUUUUGACAGCUGAGAUCCCAAUCCUACAGUCCAAGAAACAGCUCCUUCCCUAUGGAGAACAGAAAUUGGAGGUGGCUUUGGGGCAGUCUUUGGAAACCUAACUGGCAAUGCAUACAACUUUAAGUGAGAAAAAAUGCAAAGAAAGCCAGUCCAGCAAUCUUUACUGAUAUGUCUAGCUAAGUCCAGUGAAGAUCUCUGCAAAGAAUUAAAUCCAAGGACUAAUAGCAAUCCAAGCCAUAUGUAAACAUAUCUGCCUUUCGUUGCAACAAUUUUGUUGCCAGUGUGGUAUAAAAAAACUCUUGCAGUGCACCAGCUUUGUCUUACUGGGAGAAUUUCUUACUAGCUGUAAGAUAGCCCUGUUUUGUAUAUAAUCCUUGAGUCAGCCAAGCUAGUGUUGCUUGGUGACUUUGGAUGUCAGCUUAAGUGCAUGGGUUGUUGUUUUUUCCAAAAUAAGAAUGUUUGUUGCAAUUGUAUUUAGCUGGAAAAUAUUGUCAGCCUGCCAUCAGUUGAUCUUAUUUUUCCAUGUCUAAGUUUUUGAUGUUCUCUAAUGUGCCAAAAACAAACAACAACAACCCUCCAACAGCAAAAACUUUUUUAUUCCAUUUCAACUAUCCUUCAUGACCAAUUUAUGUCAGAACGAAGAAAUUACUUCCAAAAGUUUAUAUGUUGUUUGCUCUAGUCUAGUAGAUACCUGGCUUGUUUCUUCUUCCAUUCUUGUUGAUGUCAUCUUGUAUGUUAGAAUGAUAUGGUGUGUUGCCGGGGGAGGGUGGGGGUUGUUGUUGAUAGUGUUUGCUUAGAAAGGUCCAAAGUUGAGAUCUCACACCUCUGCCUUAUGCAGAAAAGUGUGUCAUUCUCACAAUUAUGUAUUUAGAACAUAGAACCUCUAUCAGUGCUUCUGUUAAUAUUCCAAAGCUUCUUUCGUUUUCCAAGAGAUUGUUUUCAUCAGAGAACUAGAGAGCAUAGCUGAGAAAGCACCAAAAAUGAUUUGAAUUGGUGACCAGGUUAACUCAGUUUCAAACUGCUCUUUUUAGAAAAAGGGAUCUGAGACAAGGUAUAGUUCCUAUAGUUUGCACAAGCUCUUUCCCCAGAUAGUUCAAAUUCAAGUUUGUUUGUUUUUUCUGACACUGAGGAUGUCAAUAUCCUUUCUAGACAAUUGAGCCAAAUCUGUUUCUUAUGCCAAGGUGUGUGCGUACCUCAGGACCUCAAAAUAGUCAACGACUGCAGCAAUAGGUAUAAACUUUAGCAAUGGCUUCUCAUCGGUAGAACAAUGGGAGGGGCCCAUGACUGUUCUCUUAGUUACAUGCCAAAAUGCCUCUCUCCUGCAGAACGAAACUAUUUGCAUUGUGUUGAGAACAGGGUACAAUUUCCUUUCAUUAAUAUAACCAGGGUAUGAUGCUGUGUCAAACUAUCAAAACUUUUUCUUGCCUUUGUUUGUAAAUAUGCCUUGCCUGUUUUUCUCUACUUGUACUUGCAAAAUUCAAUUUAAUUUUUUUCCCUGCUCCUUUUUGAAAUCUCUGAUUGAUUGAUGGGGCGUUCUUGUACAAUCUCUCAUCAAAUGAGAAAGCAGUUUAAUCAGGAAUGGAGACUGUGCCUUUCCACAUCUCUAAACUUUUCCAAUUUCUUUCCUCCUUCCAAACAGAACACAUCUUGCUUUCCACAUCUCCUUCCAUCGUUGGGACCAGAAUGACUUUCUGACUUUAGCCAUUUUUUUUCAAAAUUGCAAUGUGCUGACAUACAUACUAAUUACCAUUUUCCUUUGUUAAAACAAAAUUGUUCGAUCUAAAACACUAGUUAUGUAUUACGAGGCGGUUUGGUUAAAACCUUCUCUGGUGUCUACUGUAGUCCUCUACAUUUAGGAUUGAUUGGGAAGUCAGUUAUUUCUAGCAACUCCUACCUACAGUCUGAAAAAGUGGGAGCCGGAUGAUCUGGCCCCAAAAUUAACUUCAUAAAAUCUUUGUUCCAUUUCCUCGUGUAUAAACUGUGGUUAAAAAAAAGUAGAGCAUUUUGUUAGCAUUCGUGUCUUCAUGUUGUAUGUUCUGGGGUUGCAUGGGCGUAUUUGGUAAAAGAUGGAACAAUUCUUUUAAAGGGGAUAAUUCUUCUUUCCAAGGAACUCCCACUUGUGUUACUAUUGCUGUGUAAUUAAAUUUGGAGACGAGCCUUUUUUACCAAUAAGGAACAAGGGUAUUGCUUUUUCAUGCCAAUACCUUUUAUAUACCAUACUUGAUUAAAGUCUGCCAUCAUGGAGAAACAGCUUCUUAACAAAUGCAAAAUGGAGCACAUAUCAGCUUUCGAAAACUUUUACAGCGGAGCUAAAACCAACGUGUGCAUGUGACUGUACAUGUAUAGAUACUAAUGUGUAAAAAAAAUGAUGAUUUUCCAAAUAUGUACCUUUUUUAAAAAGUCAAGGUUUAGGUCAGUUUAAAAUAGCAGAUUUCUUUCCUAAUUUUGGUGUAGCAAUAAUGAUGAUGAAUACUAAUUUAAAUGAACACCAUUUUUAGUUUUGCUUUUCUUCUUUAUUAAGGGCAAAUUUUUGAAAGAAAGAAAUGGCUGCUGGUUCCCUUUUGUAAAAUCAUCACUUCCUUUAUUCAUGCAUGAUGUAGUCUUUGACCCAGAGGCAGGAAACCAGACCCCCAUCUAAGAAUCGGAGCCUGGCUGACCUCUGCAAUUAAUUCAUGAACUGAAGAAAGCAUUAAACAGACUUUCUGUG